AUGUUUGAGCUUAAAUUAAUAGAAAAAGAAUUUAAAUGUGCAAAUGAAAACCACAAGGAUCCAGUUGAGAUGGUUAUAUGGGAUACUUCUUUAGAAAAAGAAUAAAGAUUGAUUUGUAAAUAGUGUUAACUGCAAUAAUCAAGAGCAAAACCUCUAAUAGCUUUUACUGUGGCUUAUGAGAGAGCAUUUGAAAAAUAAAAGAAAUUAAUGGAAUAAAUAUCUCCUACAAUAGAAGCUAAUCAAAACUUUUUGAAAUAAUUGUAGGAAGAAAUACAAAAUUUGAAGGCAAUGGCUUGUAAGACAUUGGAUGGUCUUUAAGAAAAAACAAAAGAAUGGUAAGAAAGUUUACAUUUAGUUGGAGAAUAAAGUGCCACUUUUAGUUUACAUGAAGUAUUAGAUAAAAUGAUUGCUUCAAAUGAACAAUAAGCAUCAGAAGAAUAAAUAUAAAUUUUAGAGACUAUUAAUAAAGUAAAUAAUGCUUUUUUCCAUAAAAUUGAUUCUUAAUUAAAUAAUUUCUUUCUAUUUAAAGAAUAUUCAAAAUGCCAAUAAUCAUUAAUUAAUGUAAUCGUUAAUUUGAAUGAUUUCACCCAAGCAAAUAUUCAAUUAUCUCAAGAUAAUAAUUUAAAUAAUGUAUUAAAUACUAUUAUAAAUUUAGGCAUUUUUUAGAUCAAAAGCAAUCUGUAGAGUGCAUAAAAAAGAAAUUAUUUUUGUAAAUUUGGAAGAAAACUUACAAAAAGAUUUAAGAUCUGCUUGUAGAUAAUGUAAUAGAAGAGAUGGUGAAUUUUUAGAUGAUUUUAUUGAUUAAUGGAAAGAUUAUAAUUAAAAUUAGAAUAAUAUUUUAAAAUAAGAAUUAGAUUAAUUAAAGAUUGAUAUUGAAAAUAAAAAACAAUUAUUAAAUAAAUUAAGAUUAGAUGCUGUAAAUAAAUUUUCAAAAGGAAUUAAUUAAUUAUGGGAAAUUUUAUUGAAAGGAUUGAAAAACCAAUUUUAGACAGCUAGUAAUCUUUAAGUGUUAGUUAAUGAGGGCUUAGUAAAUGAUAUGGCUGAAAAAUUAUGCAGAAAAGAUGAACCAAAAAAAGAUGAUUUAUAAUAACAAAUUACCGAAUCUAUUUCAAAUUUAAAGGUUGAUUUAAAUAAUUGUUUUAUGGAAUUUAAUAAUGAAGAAUAAUAGAGAGAAGAUACUGUUGUAUUAAAAUCUUUUUAUUAAGACUCACUUAGUAUAGGCAUGGCAUUUAACAAGUAGGGAACUAAGUUAAUUACUGGUAAUGAUUCAGAUUUAAUAUUAUGGAGUGUUGAUAAAAAUGAAGUAACCAAGAUAACCACAUUGAGUGGUCAUAAUGAUUACAUUAAUUGUGUUCUAUUUAAUAAUCGUAGUAAUGGUAUUAUUUCAGGAUGUGAAGAUUCAUCUAUAAGAAUAUGGAAAGAAAAUAUAUAAAAUUAAUGGAAUUUUGUUGAAGCAUAAAAACAACAUAAGGAAAGAAUUUCUUGCUUAGUUUUGAAUUCUAAAGAAAAUCAACUAUUUUCUGGCAGUAGUGAUUCCUAAAUCUGUGUUUGGAAUAUAGAUUUUGAAUAACUAAAAAUAGUUUUCCAAUAAAAAUUACAAUAUCAUGUUUAAGAUAUUUAUAGCUUAAGCUUGAAUUAAACAAAUACUUAUCUAGUAUCUUGUAGUUUUGAUUAAAAAAUUGUAAUUUGGGAAAAUUAAAAGGAUGAAUGGAAAUUCAAAUAAUUGGUAGAUAAUUAAGUAAAGGAUUUUGGAUAUAGAGUAUCAUUUUUAAGUGAAAAUAUUUUUAUUUGGGUAAGUGCAAAUGAACUUAAAGGAAAUAUUUGUGUGUUUCAACUUGAAGAUGAAAGAUUUGUUGAAAAAAACGAGAAAAAAAUAGAAUUAACUAGUUCAUCUGAUGUUACAGAUUGUAUGUAUUUUCCAAUCGUUUAUAAUGAAAGCAAUCAUAUUGCUUAUGUAAAACAUAAGAAGCAUUUAUAUGUGUUUAAGGUGGAAGAAGGAAAACUUAAUUUGGCUAAAAAUGCCAUUGAACUUUCUGAUAAUAUUUUUGGAACCAUAUCAAGCAAUGGUUAGAAUCUAAUUAUCUUCAAUUUAGAUGAAAAAAGGCUUUAAUUUCUAUAAAUUAAAUCAAAUGAUCUAUGAUGAGC